AUGCUCGAUGAACAACUCAACAAUCAAUGGACUUUAUUCAAACGGAUCUAUGGAAAACAAUACAAUUCAAUUGAAGAAGAAGCUACUCGUCGAAACAUUUGGGAAGCUAAUCUUGCUAAAAUCCAAAAACACAAUCUUGAAGCUGAUUUAGACAUGCACACCUACACUUUAGGAAUGAAUCGAUUUGGUGAUAUGACUCAUGAAGAAUUCAUAAAACAAAUGAAUGGAUUGAAAAUGACAGUUGAUCCUGAAUCGAACAACUUCGAUCAUCAUACAUUCUUAGCUCCAUCUAAUGUUGCUAUUCCAGAUGCUGUUGAUUGGCGUAAAGAAGGUUAUGUAACACCAGUGAAAGACCAAGGACAAUGUGGAUCAUGUUGGGCUUUCUCAUCUACUGGUUCACUCGAAGGUCAACACUUUGCUAAAACAAAACAACUUGUUUCAAUUUCUGAACAAAACUUGGUUGAUUGCUCAGGCAAAUUUGGUAACAUGGGUUGUGAUGGUGGUUGGAUGAAUACGUCUUUUCAAUAUAUCAAAGCUAAUAAAGGUAUUGAUACAGAAAAAAGCUAUCCAUAUGAAGCUCGUGAUGGUGAAUGCCGAUUCAAAAAAGCUAAUGUUGGUGCUACUGUUACAGGUUUUGUUAACAUAAAACCUGAAAAUGAAACAGAUCUUCAAGUUGCUAUUGCUACAAUUGGUCCAAUUUCAGUUGCUAUUGAUGCAUCACAAGGUUCAUUUCAAUUCUACUCAUCAGGAGUUUAUAAUGAACCAGAUUGUUCAACAACAGAACUUGAUCAUGCCGUUUUAGCUGUUGGUUAUGAUACAACUGCUAAAAAACAACAGUAUUAUAUUAUCAAAAACUCAUGGGGAACAUCAUGGGGUCAAAAAGGUUAUAUCUGGAUGAGUCGUGACAAGAAAAAUCAAUGUGGUAUUGCUACCGCGGCUUGCUAUCCUCUUGUUUAA